AGUUGCCAUAUACAGCCACAUUUUGUCGAAUCGUGUGUUUGCGUGCACUUCUUGCGUUGUGCGUUUGCUCCUGAUUUCGUGCAUGCUAAAAUUUGUGAUCGAUCAAAUACUGCCAUAAUCGCAAAAUGCCGCUGAAAGCCGUGUGCGUUCUUAACGGAGAUGUGAAGGGAACGAUUUUCUUCGAACAGAGCGUGGAAUCGGAUCCGGUCAAAGUGACCGGCUCGGUUACUGGUCUGAAGCCUGGCGAUCAUGGAUUCCACAUUCAUGAAUUCGGCGACAACACUAACGGUUGCAUGUCUACGGGCGCGCACUUCAAUCCGCACGGCAAAACACACGGAGCACCGACCGCUGAAGAGCGCCAUGCUGGUGACAUGGGAAACAUUGUUGCGGACGGUACCGGUGAAGCAAAGGUAGACUUGACCGUGAGCCAGAUUGCCCUGAGCGGACCAAUGAACGUGGUGGGCCGUUCGCUGGUUGUUCAUGCUGAUCCGGACGAUCUUGGCCUGGGAGGACAUGAGUUGAGCAAAUCCACCGGCAAUGCCGGUGCUCGUCUGGCCUGUGGUGUAAUUGGAUUGUGCAAAAUUUAAGCCAUGCUCUAUCAUUCAAUCGACAAGUUCCGCACAGUUGGAAGGGACAGAGGAAACAGACAAGACGACAUACUUUCUUGUAUAAUGAAGAACCAACAUACAUGUAUGUAUGAGCCAUCUGUGUGGAAAGUUGAUGUAAAACUAUUGUUAAUUCCAUUACAUGGGGAAAAGGUCUACACAGGUACAUCACUGUCAAUAAAUGUAUGAAAAAUUCCAAUA